CCUCUACACACCGCCGCUUUCCGCACCUUAUUGUCUUUCUGGAAGUGUUAUCGAUCAGUGAAUGAUUAUAGAUUGACGAUUCAGCUCCAUCGACCUGCAUCUUAAUCCGCGCUGGCGUCAUAAUUAAACCCCAACACGCCCAGUUGGUGUUGGAUUUAGUGGUUUUUAUGUUAACACGGAGAUCUGUACGCGCUGAUGCUCCGCUUAAUUAAUGUUUCCUUAAUUAUCACGCGCUGCACGCGCACAUUUUGUCACGCUCUUUCCGCGCACGCGCCCCGGCCGUAACGAUAAAUGUAAUAAAUCCAAAAUUAAUUGCUUCUAUUUCGUUGUGUUUGAUGCGUUUUUUUUUAGUCCCGCUUUAACGUGUUUUCAAUGGACUCCUGUUUGUGGGAAGCCAAAGCCUGAGUGAUUGUGUAGCCAUAGUAACAGGUUGAAGCUGCCCGCUGUGGAAGAUGAAACACACUUUGUGUCUGUGUGUGAGUCUCUUCUCCGUCAGCGGCGUCUUCGCACCACAUAGCAGCACAGCAGCCGUCAAGGAAUAGCAAUGCACCUGACUUAGCUUCCUGCUUGGAGUCGAGACCAUGAACGUGCACUCGCCUCCGAGGAGGAGACUCAGGCGCAGCCGCGUCCUCUUCUUCAUCUCAGGUGUGCUGCUGUGUUUCGUCUACACGCUGACUCUGAAGGCCCGGCUGCCAGAGCCGCCGGCCUCCGCCCGGACAGAUGACGGGGCAGAGGGGGGCGGUGGUGAAGAUGUGGAGGUCCGUGUUCGGGAGGUGAUGGCAUCCAAUGAGACUGAGGAGGAGGUCGUCUCACCUGAGGGCACCAAACCUCCUCUGGUGAUCAUCGUCAACAGGACAGAUAUCGAACAGUGUAUCUAUGUAGAUCCUCAACCUCCCAAACCAACUUCACCUCCUCCUCCACCUCUGACCACCACAGCUCCUUCUCCUCCCCCACCACAGCGCCCUCACAGGAAGGGCGAAUAUCCAGAGGACAUCUUCUCAGUGGAGCAGCGACGACAAGGCUGGGUGGUCCUGCACAUCUUGGGCAUGACCUACAUGUUUGUCGCCCUGGCCAUCGUCUGCGAUGAGUUCUUUGUUCCUGGACUGGAGGUCAUCACCAACAAGCUGGAGAUCUCUGACGACGUGGCUGGAGCGACCUUCAUGGCAGCCGGAGGCUCUGCCCCCGAGCUCUUCACCUCCCUGAUUGGCGUCUUCAUCUCCCACAGCAACGUGGGCAUCGGCACCAUCGUGGGCUCGGCCGUCUUCAACAUCCUCUUUGUGAUCGGCAUGUGCGCCAUCUUCUCCCGGGAGAUGCUGCACCUCACCUGGUGGCCCCUCUUCAGAGACGUGACCUUCUACAUCCUGGACCUCAUCAUGCUCAUCGUCUUCUUCCUGGACAACACGAUCCUGUGGUGGGAGAGCAUUCUGCUGGUGCUGGGCUACAUCAGCUACGUGAGCUUCAUGAAGUUCAACAAUCAGAUCGAGCAGGCGGUCAAGACGCAGAUCAACAAGCACAUGAGCAUCGUGAAGGUCUGGACCGCAGAGGAGCCGGAGAAGGAGAGUGAAGCUCCUCCGCCUCCUCCACCACCACCACCUUCUGCUGCUGCUCCUGCUCCUCCAGCUGAUCCUCCAAAACCUGAAGAGAAAUCUAAACCAGAACCAGCUCCUCCUCCUCCUCCCAGCAGCCCUCAGUCCAGCAAACUGCUGCCAGAAACACAAGAGGACAGGGCAAGACUCAGGGUUCGUCCCGUCCUGCAGCGAGGCGGCAGCACCGCUUCCCUCCACAACACCUCGCUGAGGAACACCAUCUUCCAGCUGAUGAUCCACACACUGGACCCUCUGGGAGAAGAAGCAGCCCUUAGAGGGGCAGUAAAAACCCCCGGCCCGAGGAAAGUCAGAAGAGAAACAUCCUUUAAUGGUGAUGUCAGAGGGGAGGGGCCUAUUCAGAGGAAAGCCAAGAACAAAGUAAAACCUCUUAACGUCCCGUUGUCGAGCAAGUCUCAUCACCACCACGGUGAAGACGCUGAUCACAAGCCAAAGUCUGAGCAGCCGUCUGCUGCUGGACCACCAGGUGGCGCUGCAGCCGAACCGUCCACAUCACAGCCUGCAAAGACUGAAGAGACUCAGAAGACGUCCGAACAGCCAGAAGAAUCAAAGGCUGCAGCAGCGUCAGCAGGAGGAUCCGAGAGUUCGGACGGCAGCGGCGAGGACGACGGCAGCGACGGGGAAAGCAGCGAAUCCAGCGAAGACGAAGACGACGGAGACAAAGAGGAAGAGAAGGAGGAAGAGGAGAACGAGCCGCUGUCCUUAGAGUGGCCUGAAACCAGGAGGAAACAGGCCACCUACCUGUUCCUGCUGCCCAUCGUGUUCCCGCUGUGGCUCACGCUGCCCGACGUCAGGAACCCGGCGUCCAGGAGAUAUUUUGUCGUCACGUUCCUCGGCUCCAUCCUGUGGAUCGGAGUGUUCUCCUACCUGAUGGUGUGGUGGGCUCAUCAGGUGGGUGAGACUGUCGGCAUCUCAGAGGAGAUCAUGGGUCUGACCAUCCUGGCGGCUGGAACCUCCAUCCCUGACCUGAUCACCAGCGUGAUCGUGGCCCGUAAAGGUCUGGGAGACAUGGCCGUGUCCAGCUCAGUGGGCAGCAACAUCUUCGACAUCACUGUGGGUCUGCCGGUGCCGUGGCUCAUUUACACUCUGAUCCAUAACGGCGACCCGGUAACCGUCAGCUCCAACGGUCUGUUCUGCGCCAUCGUGCUGCUCUUCCUCAUGCUCCUCUUCGUCAUCAUCUCCAUCGCCGCCUGCCGCUGGAAGAUGAGCCGAAUGCUGGGCCUCACCAUGUUCGUACUGUACUUCGUGUUCCUGGUCCUCAGCGUCCUGCUGGAGGACCGAGUCCUCAUCUGUCCCAUUUCUAUCUGAGCUGCACUAGAACUCGUUAGACGGAGGAACCGAGCGGUCCGACACCAGACCGCUGAAGGGAAACUCCACCUGGACCUCGUCAGGCUUCACGUUUCUAGUUUGUCGUCAGUGUUUUCCAGCAGUUUUGACCCUCUGAGUGUCUAAAAGGUCACAUUUAACCACGAAAAUAUAAGUAGUGAUAAUUAAAACCCUGUAAUGCACGAAAUAUGACCUCGGAAAGGAUUUUUAUUCAUCUUUAGGCAUGAAAAACAAGGUUUGAACUUUAUUUUAUAAAGAUUUCAGAAAUUGACGAUACCAUUAAGAGUAUAAGCAUUCCUUUCAGUGUUAUCGGUUGAACUAAUCGUGGCUAAUUAGAUGGAAUAAUAUUUAUAAAAAUAUAUUUACAUGUCCACUCAGCUGGACAGCAUGUGUUUUUUUUUUUUUUUUUCAAAGAAAUAUGUAUUUAACAAAUGAGUAAAAUUAACUAUCAACACCAGGUGGCAACAUAGAUAUGAAUGCACAAUAUUAGAUUUUUGACUACAUUGGAUACUUUCCAACUUUUUUCCAGUUUUUCGAUGCUGAUACAUAUUUUUUCACCUUUUCAGGUCUUUCCUGUAGUGGAAUUCAGAUGUCAUUAAUUCUACUCAUCGUUUUGUCCACUGAAUGGUGCAGAUGUAAAAUAUUAUACUUUCCUUUGUAGACAUUUAUUGAGCAAAAGAAGAAAACUACUUAUGUUUAAAAUCUGUCACAUUUAUUUUCAUGUGACAUUUUCAAACAAAACUCUAAACUUUUAUCCCUACAGACCGAUAUUGAAUUUAAAGUCGAUAGCGAUGAUGAUGCCGACACCGUGCAUUUCAGUCUCAUUUUCCUGCACAUGUAGGUGGUCCUUUUAUUAAAUCAUUAUUUCCUCUUUGUCAGACUGCUGAGCUGUGGUGUAAAUUCACAGCUAUAGAAAUUAAAUAUUUCUGUUUUUAAUUUAGCAGAACUGACAUUAAAAAUGAAAGAAAAGCUGCUGGAAGUAUCUGAUGACAGUCCGAUUAUCUCCAACAAAACCAAUCAAAGUUCACAAAACCAAACCGGAGCAGAAACGCAACAACCCCAGCCUGUUUCUGGGUGGAGUUUUCCUUCAAUCCUGCGACUAUAAAGCUUCUGAGGAGACUUAAUUAGGUUAACGAACCACUUUAGACCCAUUUAUUAGUGGAGAAACACAUUCACUGUGCAGCAACUCACUGGAUGCAACUUCAGUUUUGUAUGUUGAGUAUUUUCUGAAAUGUUCCCUGUAUUUAACCAGACUGGUAUUUGUUCCUGUUUAGUGUUUAAAGGAGUUUUUUUUGUGAGGAAACGUGUUUCUGUGCGUCGCAGUAACUGGAGAGAAUCUGUAUGUGAGUGAACCGUGUUAGAAAAACUGUCGUCACGUUACUGUCGUGUUAAACGCUCUGGUUGGACUGAAGUGGAUGCAAAUAUAGAUUAUUGAUAUGGAAACUGUCAAUAUUUCAAUUUACAAUUCCAUGCUGCAAUAAAUUAUUUUUUUAACAGUGAACCGGAGCUCUGUGGAGUUUUACUGGAGGACAACAGUAAGAAUUAGUUUGAAAAUGGAAGAUGAAUGUGCUGCUGUCAGAUUGAAAAGACGGAGUUUUUGUCAUUUAAAAGACUUUAAUGUAGUUGUGGAAGUUCAGCUGGAGACUCGGAUGAUUUAGGUUGUGAGUAAAAGUUUACUGAUAUCAGAUAGAAGUGACACCAACAGAGCAGCAGUUCAUGCAGGCAACGCCAGCAUCAGUUCUGAGGAUUCUCUCUGGUCUUUGGGUAAAUAAUGUAGCUGGGAGAAGGUCAGAUCUAGAUUACAGACCAAUAUGGAGACAUUUUGUCUGCCUGUCUAAACGCCAUUAUGACCUUAGAAAGGGGAAAGAGUAAUUUUUCCUCCACAAAUGUGAGGUUUUUUUUUUACAUUAUUGUUGGAAAAACAAAAGUUACAACUAGUUGAACUCAAACUGUACCAACUUCUGAUCACUGAAUGAACUUAAAGCUGCACAAAAAGUAGUUACAGGACCUUUACAGUAACAAACUAAGACAAAAACACACCAAUAAUGUGACACAAAUGCUUCAAAUAGACGCAGCAGCCAGCGGUGAGUGUAGGUGAUUUUAUUUACAGUUCAACAGUCUGUAGAUGUUUUGCUGUACAGAACCUUCAACAUCGCACAUGUGAAUUAACUGUUAGAAAAUGUGAUUUAUACAAAGGGCAGAUUAAAAUGUACACGGCCCAGAUUCUGCAAAAUCAUUCAUUUGUACAGAGUUUUAGUUUGUUUUUAACAGAAAUCCACAGAUGGAGGCAGCUUCUCUGAGCUGCUGACAUCAGCUUCUCCUCGACCUGCUGCUCGGUGACAUUUUCACACUUAAAGGUCGUUUUUUUUGUGUUUUUUUUUAAAGGAGCAAAGUGCAGCUUUCUGACUUUUCCAGUUUUGGUUUCUUCGGCUGUAAAUCUCACACUCAGUUGAAUCUCAUGAGACCUUCAGGGUUCAGGUCCUCCUUCAACCAGACAGUCGUUCAUUACUGAUUAAUACACACAAGAAACAACAAUAACAAGCUGCUAAAGUACAGUUCUGUCCAGUUGGUUUGGUUUACAGUCUUUAAAGGGUCAACAACCCAAAACAAAUGUGUUUCAUGAAAAUACUAAAUGAGUUUUGUCCAGUUUGUCCC